GGAGGGAAAAACACAAGCGGAGAAGACCCGCUGGCAUCGCAGGCGCGUCAGCGUUGCUACAUAAACGAUGAUUAGCAUAUUUGCAUGCAAUAUUUCCCCCGAAAGAACAUUCUAAAGCUGUGUCACCGAGCAGAGGGAUGAGAAGGACAGAAUGGAUGGCGCUUCAUUGAACGGGGGAAGUCGUGGACAAGAGACGAAGGCAAAAAGUGGCUUCAUGGAGCAGAGGUGAGAAUUUCAUCCAUGGCAGCACGAUAAGCGCAGCCUCCAUCUGACGCCAUGGUGAGAGAGGGCCUUGGCUCUGUUGCCAUGGUGACCCUGUAGCAGGAGCUCGGUAACUAAGAUCUGUUGCCUUGGUGACACCAUAAAAAGACCCAAGCGACUGUUUCAAUCUGUUGCCAUAUCGAGGCCCUUCAAAGGGAAACACUGAGCCUGUAGCAUCCACAACCUCAUCUUGCACGCCAAUUUGUCACCAUGGGAACCUCCAGGAUGUUUCGCAUUUUUGUAGUCCUGGGCUCUGCCUUCAUGAUUCUUCUGAUCAUCCUCUACUGGGACGAUGUCGGAGCGUCCCAUCCAUAUUUGCACACCCCUUUCUCGCCGGGUCCCAAAAUUGCACAUCCUGCUCCAGGGCAGCAACAGCAGCAGCAGCAGCAGCAGAAGCAGCCACCUCAAACCCCCCGAACACCGUCCUUCCUGUCCGACAUCGAUGCCUUUGUCAACCAGUUCUUAGAGCCGGGAACUGGUGAACCUACAGACCCCGUGCUGGCAGAAACAAGCAACCAAUCAGAGAAGGCAGAAGAACGAUAUAUACCAAAGCAGGAGUGGAAAGUUCAUCAGAUGCCAGUGGCACCAGAGCUUCGCCAGAGACAAGAGCACCGGAAGAGGUUACUUGAGGAGGUUUGCGCCAACGACAGCAUGCUGUUUCCUGGCAAAAAACGUUCAUUUGAUGACAUUCCCAACAAGGAGCUGGAUCAUCUGAUAGUUGAUGACAGGCAUGGUAUUAUCUACUGCUAUGUUCCUAAGGUGGCUUGCAGUAACUGGAAACGGAUCAUGAUCAUUCUCAGUGAGAGCCUGCUCCACGACGGCCUUCCCCCAAGAGACCCUCUGUCUAUCUCCAACGACCAGGCCCACGACAGCAGCAUGCACUUCACAUUCAACAAGUUCUGGAAGCGAUACGGCAAGUUUUCCAGGCACCUUAUGAAGGUCAAGCUGAAGAAGUACACAAAGUUCCUUUUCGUGCGAGACCCCUUUGUGCGUCUCAUAUCCGCCUACCGGAAUAAAUUAGAGGUGGGCAACGAGGACUUCUAUCGCAAAUUUGCUCAGGUCAUCCUGCGACGCUACGCCAACCAACCAACUCCACCUUCCUCUUUGGACGAGGCGCGUGCUGCGGGUCUCCAUCCAUCCUUCUCCCACUUCAUCCAGUAUCUCCUGGACCCCCAGACAGAGAAGGACAUGCCCUUUAACGAGCACUGGCGGCAGGUGUACCGCCUUUGCCAUCCCUGCCAGAUUCAGUAUGACUUUGUGGGCCACUUGGAGACAGCCGAGGAAGACGCUGAGCACUUAUUACGCCUGCUGCGUGUGGACAAUGUGGUGGAGUUCCCCACCUCGCACAGGAACGUCACAUCCAGCAGCUUGGAAACCGAAUGGUUCAGCACCGUGCCCCUCGAGGCGCGGAGGGAACUUUACAAGCUCUACGAACCCGACUUCAGGCUUUUUGGCUAUGACAGACCGGACUCAAUCCUCAAUGAGUGACUCACACACACUUAAUUUAACAAAUAUUUUUUCUUCCACAGAAGCACACAAAUAAGCUCAAGCCAAUUAUCCGUUCUUGACCUUUAAUGGAAGAUUUACAAUCACACAAAGCACACGUGUGAGACAGCUGAGAUUAACAGGUGUCAUUUUACACCUCCAGUGAGUGUGCUGCACUCCCAGAUGUCACGUCUGAUUGGCUGCUAACAGUUACACCCAUGCUGGCUUUGUAGCAGGAGGCUGCCAGCUGGCCAUUCAGAUGACUUUUUAAUGUUGCUGCACUACAGUGGUAGUUUUACACACGUAUUUAUUCAUUUAUUUCACACCGUGCAAUGUUUUCCUUGCAAGCAUGAAAGGUUUUAACUGGUGAUGAUGGACUUAACCUUACUUUACAAGACCUUGUCAUGAUCCAUUCUAUCGGCCUUCAGCAUGUAAAGUAAUCCCUCUUUGCGCUUCAAACUUUGCGGCUUCACUCUCACGAUUUUUCAAAAAUCGAUUCAUUAAAAAAUCAUUUCGUGGUUGAAUAGGGCCUAGUUAUGAGAAAAUAUGUAUAUUUAAGAACAUUUUUCUUAUCUUUGCUUAAAUUAAGCAUUUUCAAGCAUAAAAAUGGCUAAAUGAACUAAAAUAGGCAUUCAAAGAUGUGAUGACAUGUAGUAUUGUCACUGGUCACUAGGUGUCAGUACUGUUACUGUAAUGUGCGGUGAGACACACAAGCAACAGUCGUGAUGGCUGGAACAACAGGCUUUUAUUGUAGGUUUGAAUGAGCUCACUAACACGGGCUUCUGUUGCGGCUGUAACCCACGCCAAGCUAAAACUCAACCUUGAACCCCCGAUGCCACUGCCUGUCCACUCCCCCACUCAGCUCCUCGAGCACCGUAACACAUUUACAGUCUUAUUUGUGUCUGCAAUGGCUUAUUUUCUCUGAUUAUGUCUUAUAUAUUGGGUAAUAUGAGUGUAAAGGUGACUAUUGGGGUGUUAUUUCAUGUCUAGAGGGCUCUCAUAUUGUAAAAAAAAAAAAACUUAUUUAGAAGGUUGUUAACAGGUUUUCUAUGCUCUCAAAAAUAUUCCAUUUAUAAAUAAGGAAUCUGACUUGCGGAAAUUCCCUUAACACGGUCGGGUCUGGAACCAGAUAACCAUGAUAAGCAAGGGAUUACUGUCGUCGACCAAUGUAGAAUUUCUGUCACUUAGCAGCUUGCUUUGACGACACAAACUAAACUACAUUGUAGCAUCAUGUUAAAAAUGUAAAAAAUGUUUCAUCUUGUCUUUUGCUCAUCUCGUUAAAAUUCCAGCGGAAGAAGGAACAGGUGAAAACUUGGAGGCAUUUUCCAAAGGGAAUAUUUUCUGUUUUUAAUGUUGGUUGUGCCAACCCUGGAGGCUGCAACAAUGCCAAAAGUUGGAACUUGACAGUUUGUGGUUCUAUAGGCUUGAACAUGGAUCUGACAUGAACAAAAUAGUGCCUUCGGUUGCAAACGUUUACACGUUGAAAGUAUUUUUGUAGAGGGAAUUACACAAUACAGUUGAAGCUGUAUGACGCCACACGUCUAUUUGAUAUUCUAAGCCGAUCUGAGAUGCACCGCAGUCAGGAAAACCCUUCUGUGGAGAUGUCUAACCGUUUUGGACCUCGUGUGACGAUUCGGUGAGUUCUGUAUGCUUCUUUAAAGUGACUUGUUCUGCGCAACUAAUAAUUGUUAUGCAGGAAUUCUGUGUGUGUGUGUGUGUGGUUUGUACUGUUGAUGAUGUUGAUGACACCUUAUAUUCCACUUUUUAAGAUGUGCAUUCUCAUACGUUGUCUCACAUGCCUUUUGUUUUUAUACAAUGUAAGCUAUUUGUUUUUAAUUGGAUAUUCUGUUGAUUCUUGUUUCUUUUACAGUGCAUGUGUGAUUGUCCCACGUGACAUUUUUUUUUUCAAAAAUAAAAUAAGAAGAGAAAAAUAUAAACCCAAA